GUGAGAAGAACUUGACCAAUCGAACGACACGAAAGAAAGAAGGCGAUCCUGUCUGGUCCGCGAGCGAGAGGGCAGUGUGAAGGAAAGGGGAAGCCCCGCCUGGAGUUCACAAUCAACAGAGAGAUACGCAAAAUUAGUGCAAUAACACCCAUUCAUCUCUAGCGAUUUGCGGGCUUUCUCUUCCUCCUUGUUUUUUGCUUCUCCUACUUAAAUCUCUGUCAAUCAAUUCAUCUACCUGAAGAAUUCCAGCACAAAUUAGGGUUCCAUUCGGAGCGAUGUCGAAGAAGAGAGUCAGUGGUAAUACUAUGACGCUCAAGGACUUCCACGGCGGCUCUAUCCCCACUGAUCUCCCUCUCCCGUCUGCUCCUGGGGUAACUGUUAGACCCUCAGAUCGGACUAGUUUCGAUCGCUCUACAUCGUGGGGGAACCCAAUGAACAGGUCGGACCAUCGGUCUAGGCCUCAUUCAUCACCGGCAACCAGGCAUUUUGAUGACAAAACUCCUUUUCUUGCUCCUGCUGCACACAUUGGCCGGAAUUUUGACGAGGAUGAAAGGAAGCCCCUUGGUGGUGUAACUCCUCCACGACGAACCAUCAGCGAUGAGAGCAUUAGGGUUCUGCCUAGUCGUUCAGAGUUGAAGCCUGAAUAUGAAUCAAGUGGGAGGAGGUUUGCUCCGAUGCCGCAGUUCCCAACUCCUGGUGCGGUGAAUUCGUAUGCAGGGAGAGUAGGUGACGCCCCCCACUCAGGGGUUGCUUCUCAGAAUUCAGGUGGCAGCAGCGGGAUGGCUUUUUCUGGGGCUCAUCCAAAUGCUUGGCAAGCUAGGAAGGAGGUGGCUUCUGGGCUUAAUGAACAUUCACAUUCUGCAUGGGAUGGACCAAGCGCUGUCUCAAAGCUUGCUCAUGCUAGUGCUCUCGAAAAGGUGUCUUCAGGGAGGUGGCAGUCUAAACAGUCUCUCCAUUAUCAAAAUGAUAUUGUCGUUGCCGCGUCUUCUGAACUAGAUAUUAAAGUACAGCCAAAGGGUUAUGGUAAUUCUUUUGACAGGGUGGAUGGAUUGUAUAGUAGGGAACAUCGUGAUGCUUCAUUAGCUAGGCAUGCAGAAAAAGAACUUAGCGUAGAUGAUGGAACUGAGGGACAUAGACAAGAUUUAGAGCAUGACAGGGUCAUAGUCCCUAAAUAUCAUCCUGUAAAAGAGAGAUCUGCUAAAAUGGAUGCUGCUGUAGUUCAACAUUCUGAUCCUAAUCAAAUGGCUAGUGGACGUGGAUCUGAUUUACAUCAUCCUGUGAGUUCAUUAGUAUCAGAACGCCCAAAGUUAAAAUUACUUCCAAGAACAAAGCCAUUGGCAAGUUCAGAACCCAAUACAGUUGAUCAUACGCAGAUGAUUCCUGACGCUGUUUCUGCUGACAAUGGAAACUCAAAUUAUGUGAAACCUAGUUCAGUUGGCUCUGAGAGUGGGAAGGAUGGAAUUGAGCGUCCAAGAUUGAAUCUGAAGCCUCGGUCACAACCCAUUGAACAACCGGAGGGAAAUGCUGGGAGAGAAAGGAUCGCUUUGUUUGGUGGUGCUCGCCCACGGGAGCAGGUUCUGAAGGAACGAGGGCUUGACAAUACCACAGUUAACAACAAUGAUCUUGUCCAACAUUCUGAAAGGAUUGACGAAAAUUUUUCAAGGACGGAAAGGGUUCAAGGACCAGCUGUUCCUGUGCAUCAGACUGGAAAGGUGGAGAAUCCACCUUUUGAUCGAAGGAUGGGCAAGGAAGGUGAGCGGAAGGAUAACAGGGCAGAUCCAGAGAUGCAAAGGAGGAAUUUCCGUGAUAACCGAAGGAAGAAUAGAGAAACCGAAAAACAGCAGCAGCUUGAGCGGCCCCCUUCACCAGAGACUUGGCGCAAGCCUGCUGAGCAGCCAAAACCUGCCUCCCCAAACGCUGGCGGCAUGCGUUAUGGGAAAGUAGCUUCAGCACUUGAACUGGCUCAAGCCUUCUCUAGAUCAGUCUCAGAUUCUAACGUGCCCGAUAGGGUUCCCAGUCAAAGGAACCUGCCUGGGCGGUCUCAGAUGCCUUUUUCACGGCUAAUGGGGCCAUCCCCUAGACCUCAAAUUAAUGGUUAUUAAAAUAUCAACCGUUCUGGGUCGUGGGAAAAAGAAAAGAAAAAAAAAAGAAACAAAGAAGAAAGAAAGAAA